AUGUCGUCGACGAGGGCCUUUCGAGCUCCGGGUACGAAGCGUCGUAUCUCUGAGGAGGAUGCUCACACUUACACCUACCCCCCGGUACGAAAACCUCGCAGAUAUCCGAUACUGUCAGCGGAGGAGGAGGAGGAGGAGGAGGAGGAGGAGGAGGAGGAAUCGUCGGAGUCGUCGGAGUCAAGUAGAACGGCUCAUUUCAUACCGCCAACUUCGAAACAAACGAACCGAACUGGCUCGGCAUUCCCGAUGCUCCCAUGGCUUCUCAAUGCCCUACAACACCCUGCUGUGCCGUGGAUACUCGAAGGGGCUGUGAAUUACGGCCCGGGUGAAGCGCUUGCGCUUGGUCUUUUCAUUGCAGUAUUCCUGCUCCGCAAGGUCGUCAUCGCUGCUCUUUACGCUGCUCGGACGGUGUACGCCUGGAUUUUACAACAACGUGGCGCUCCGCAACACCUCGGCGGCCGACGAGCAAAUCCCCUGGUAUCGAACGUAUCCCGUGAAGCGGAUACCCUCCAGCGGAAGCAGGAGAAGCGAGGGAGUCUUGCAAGCAGAAGGAGGGUGGAGCUGAAGGUGGACAAGGUUGUCAAGGUGGUUCUACCCGUUGUGAUCGCAUUAACCGUAGGCGUAUUGUACUGUGGCGCCAAUCUAUACGCCUACGCGUCCGCUCCAGUACCCCAAGCAUUCGCCUCAUUCAAUGCGAAAUGCUUCCCGCACCACUUGUCGGUGUCUUCGUCUUCGAACGCCACGUCCAUGUCGAAUCUCCACCGCAUCCUCGGCCUCCCGCCGCCGCUCUUCCCCUCCUUCCUCGCCCCGCAACCUGUCAUCAAAAAACAACGGUCCCUUCUCGCGAAAUGCUGGCACCCCGAUAAACAUCGUAUCCACCCGGGAAUCAAGACAAGGGAAGAAAUGGAGAGGAUUUGGGCAGUCUAUCGUGCGGCCAUGGACGCAUAUCCUGCCAACGCGACCACGGUCGGAGUCGGCGAUGCCUCCUAUCUUGAGAACGACGUUGAUACUCCGGAAAUAGCUGGGGACCGAGACAGCGCGAUGGAAAAGGAGUGCCAGAACUCUCUUUUCUCCAUCCUUUUCCGCCCGCAAUUUUUCUUGCACGCAGACGCAAUGGACGAGUGUGGCCCCCGAUUGCCUGUCCGCACUCUUCUCCACCAGCUCCGCCUCCGCUACACCACCAUGAUUCCUCCUUACAAACACCCGCUCUGGGACGACAGCUCACUCGCGCACUCGCUCAACCCAGCCUUUCAAGUGCUGCGCUUCGUCAUGCGUGGUCUAGAUGCAGGGACAGACGGCGUCCGGAUGUGGAUAUGCGAUUUGCCCGGAGACACCAUUCUCACGUGGAUGAAGAAGGGAUGGGCCGACUGGAGUGACCUCGAGGGCUGGUGUGUCAGUAUGUGGGAGCGCCACCCAAACGACAUCGAUCCAGCAAAGGAGAGGCUAGUGCAAGUGCACUUGGCUGAGCAGGAGUACAAGCGGCGGGUGCACGAUUACAAGUUGUGCAUGGCAAAGGAAGAGUAUUGGGGUUUCAUAGGUGACUGUUGGGGGGAGCCCGAAGAGCCAGAUUUGGCCAUAUGA